AUGAACAAGACGGAGGUUCUCAGCAUGCGCAGUGAAGGUCUAGGGGAGGGUCUGAGCCGACACACAAGGCGGCGGGAAGCGCCCUGCGCCCUACAGCUCUGCGCCGCGCCUUCGGGGAAGGCCGCCCGGCUUCAAGUGACCCGUAAGGAGCAGCAGCGCGGCCUGCAGUCGGCACUUUCCGCCGCACCACUGGAGGAGGCACGGCCAGGAAGCCGGAGCGAGCGGGCCAGCGCAGGCGGCAGCCACCCGCAGCGGGGAGAGCCGGGGUCCGCUCGGGCUCCGAGGCUGGCCUUGGGCUCCUCAGGUCACCCCGGGGCCGCCGCCCGCCACGUCCUGUCCACGGCACCGCGGCUAGUCGCUGCCGCCCGCCGGGCAGCCGCCGGCCCCGGCUCCCGCGGGAACACCGGGCGCUCGGCGCACGGUCCCCGCCCGCGCCCCUCAGGCGCUCGCGUCCCCGCGCAGCGGGGAGCCCCAGCCGCCGGGGUCGCCGCGCCGCCGCCGUCGCUCGAGCACCUCAGCCCGGCCGCCGCCGCCGCCGCGGGACUGUGUCCCUCUCCGCAAUGGCGCCCAGCGCGGCGACGUCAUCGCCCCGCCUCCUCAGGCCCCGGGCGGGGGCGGGUCCGCCGGGAGGCUCGCCCGCGCGGGGCGGGGCUCACCGCCGCCAGGGCCGCGGGCGCUCCGACUGCGCCUGCGCGCGCCGCGCCCCGCCCCGCGCGGGGAGGAGUCAGGGCCGCCGCGCGCGCCGCCGCCGCGGGCCUGGCGCCGCCCGGAAGGUCCGCCGCGCGGCUGCCGCUGGCCCUGCGCCCCGCCGGGCAGCCUUGGAGGCCGCGAGACGGUCCCGGGCCCGCCUGGCCCACUUGGGGCCUCCCUCACCCGAGGGCAUCUUGCCGGCCCGCUGACUCUGGCCGUACGCGCCCCCGGCUCCGGCGACCGCGGUCGGUGUCCGCCUUUGACGGCAGCCUGGUCUGCCUGGGUUCCUUCAGCCUCCGCGCCCCCGUCCGUGCGCGCUCCAAAUGGUUCUCCACGAUCGACCUGGGACGGGCAUCUGGUUCACCCACCUGCACCAGCUCCCAGGACAGACCUGCCGCUGCCUCCUUAGUGCCCCCUUUCCCGGCCGCACCCCCGCUAGAGGGGCUGCUACCAGCUGCGCUGGGGCCACACCCUGCCCGCAAAUGCACCUGCCGUGGGCUUGGCCUCUGUUCUCUCCCCAUCUCAGACCCGCCUGGAGAGCAGCCCAGCAAGGCUGGCAGGGUGCGGGCUCCAGAGACCUCUGUGCCCGGGUCCGCCAAACCUACUCGAGCCACCUUCCCCAUGAAAGGCAGGCCUCCUUCCGUGCUGGGGACGCUGUCCCUCUUCGUGGUCCCCCGAACCUGGCAAGCGUUCACUCGCUCGCUCGUUCUACACCCACGGCCGCCUCACCGGGACGCGCCUUUGGCUCCUGCCUCCGGGGAGGCCAUUGCAGGGGGACAGCCUGGAGGUGCGAAGCUGGGGGGCUCGGCGCCCUGGGCAGAUGGACCUGCCUCCGGGGCGGCGGACGUGGGGCCCUGGGGGUCCUGCCUUUCCUGGGCUGUGGGGACGGCCUGCCGUUCGCCCCGCGGGCAGCAGAGGGCAGUGUCCCGACGCAAACGGCGGGAGCGCCUGCGGCCAGGUGACCUGCUGCUGGGUCUACGGUCCACGCAGCAGGAUGCAGAAGUGGGCGCCGUCUGGAAGCUGCACGCGUCGUCUCUGCAGCCCGCUGGCUGUGACGUUCCCAGCCACACCCAGCUGCAGUGCCUCAGCGUGGGGUUGGCCGAGCUCUCACUCCUGGGGAAGCCGCCCUUCCGGCAGCUUCUCCUGGGCACAGCGGCCGUGAUGGGCAUCAAGGGCACCAGGCGGGGCCGUGACCUCUGA